UGUAACUAGAACUUUUGCACGCUAAUGUAGUUCAAAGCAACCUCAACAAUCGUGUAAAUUAUUCUUCGAAUUCAAUUAUAUAAGCUUUGGUUCUUUUUCUCUUCUACAUUUUGAUAUAUGAUAUAGGAAAAAAAAAGGUGUGGAUUAGCAUGCAAAGGGGUAAGAUGAAGUUGGAUGAGGAUCUGGGUCCUGAUCGUGAGGAUGAUUUCCAAACUGAUGAUGAAGAAAAUCAGGCACAAAGGGUGUUUGAACAUUUAUUGGAUGAUGAUUCUGAAUCAGAUAAUAAUCCUUCUUCACCAAGUUUGUCUCAUGAGGUUUCCAUUACCUCUUGGCCUCAAAGCUAUAGGCAAUCUAUGGACAUGUUAACUAGUGUAACACCACCAGGACUUACUCUACUAAGGAGAUUUGGUUCAAUUGGGGGAGAUAACUCUCCCACGGCAUCAUUCAAAAGACUUCAGGAAAAUCAAGAGGAUUCUUCUUUAACUAUACCUUUUAUUUCUGAAACAAGUUCAGUAAAAAUAGAGGAUCAAGUUGCCUCAACACCAUAUGUGCAACCACUUAAUAGUGCUAAAUUUUCUGUACAUGAAUUGCCACCAUCACAACAACAAUGUUCAGUUGCAAAAUCAAUAAUUAAUGGAAUCAAUAUAUUGUGUGGGAUAGGACUUCUUACCAUUCCAUAUGCAAUCAAAAAAGGAGGGUGGUUAAGCCUUAUAAUACUGAUAAUGUUUGCUAUCAUGUGUUGUUAUACUGGCAUGUUAUUAGUAAGAUGUUUAGAAAACUACCCUGAACUUAAAACCUAUCCAGAUAUUGGCCAAGCUGCUUUUGGAAUUGCUGGUCGCUUGGGAAUUGCGAUUAUGUUAUAUGUGGAACUUUUUGCCUCUUGUGUUGAAUAUAUAAUACUAGUCAGUGAUAACCUCUCAUCAUUGUUUCCUAACACUCACAUGACAUUUGGUGGAACUGACUUCAAUGAUGAACAAAUUUUUGCUAUCACAGCAGCUAUUCUAGUUCUACCAACUGUUUGGCUACGAAAUCUAAGCUUACUUUCUUAUAUUUCAGUUGGAGGAAUAUUUGCAACAAUACUUGUUGCACUCUGCUUGUUUUGGGUUGGGACGAUAGACCAAGUUGUUGGAUUUAAGCCAGGAGAAAAAGUUUUAGACAUGGAAAACAUAUCUGUCUCAAUUGGUCUUUAUAGUUUUUGUUUUGCUGGUCAUGCAGUUUUUCCUAACAUAUACUCUUCCAUGAAAGAACCAUCCAAAUUCCCCAUCGUGUUAUAUAUUUGCUUUGCCUUUUGCCUUGUUAUGUACAUGAGCGUGGGAAUAAUGGGCUAUUUAACGUUUGGGGACUUAGUUGCAUCUCAGUUUACCUUAAACAUGCCCAAAGAAUUAUAUGCAUCUGACAUUGCAACUUGGACAACUGUUGUGACUCCAGUGGCAAAAUAUGCUUUAACAUUAUUGCCUAUAGCAUUAAGCAUAGAGGAACUCACUACCUCUCCUAGGCUAAGAUGUCAUGCUAUGUCUGUUCUUAUCAGAACAAUUUUAGUGAUAUUAAGUUUACUUGUGGCUCUUUAUAUUCCAUAUUUUGGUUCUUUGAUGGCACUAAUUGGUUCUUUACUAUCAAUAUUGGUUGCAAUUAUUUAUCCUUGCGCAUGUUAUCUCAAGCUACAUAGUGGCAGAAUAUCAAAUCUAGAGAUAACAAAUUGCGUUUUGAUAAUUGUUUUGGGGUUGAUAAGUGCUUGUGUUGGAACACAAUCAGCUAUUUCAAAAAUAUUGGGCGAAGGGGAUUAACUAGUGAUUGUUGCCUCAUUUAUAACUUCUAUUACAAGUUUUUGUUACAUAUUAAGUCUAUUUGUAUAUUUAUUAGUCAUAAUUUUAACUAUGUUUCUAGUUUAAACUAAUUAUAGUUGAUUGUUGUCAAUAAGAAAAAUGAUCAGGGUCCAUGUUUUCAACUUUUUAGUUUGAGUUGGUUUGAACAUUUCCUUGUAAUAUGUGUAUUGUUUGUACUUUAUAUUUCUAAGGAAAAUGAAUAUAAGUAGC